AUGGCAGAACCCAACUCAUUCGAGAAGAGGCAAUCUCUGUAUCGUCCCAAAGAGGGAUUCCAUGCUCCCAACAAGUCGUUCAUAUCAGUCAUUCUCAAUGUCGUAUUAUUCACGGUUAAGCAGCUGGUUUUGUUUUGCUAUGCGGGGACAGCUGUGAGCACGGUCUUCACCUUCUUCAUACUCAGCCUUCCCUUUGGGCGUCAGUUUGAGGGCAUGGUGCGUUUAUCCUUUCAUAUUAUCAGGAUGGAGCUGGGCCAGUCGUAUGUAUCAUUACCAGCUGGAGGAGGUACCAUCAGAAAAAAGCAGACAUAA